CCGGAGGCCUCUGGGAUGGUGUGGGACCGGCAAACCAAGAUGGAGUAUGAGUGGAAACCUGACGAGCAGGGGCUUCAGCAAAUCCUGCAGCUGCUGAAGGAGUCCCAGUCCCCAGACACCACCAUCCAGAGAACCGUGCAACAAUUCUAGAAACUGGAACAACUCAACCAAUAUCCAGAUUUUAACAACUACCUGAUUUUUGUUCUUACAAAAUUAAAAUCUGAAGACGAACCCACAAGAUCAUUGAGUGGUCUCAUCUUGAAGAAUAAUGUGAAAGCACAUUUUCAAAAUUUUCCAAAUGGUGUAACAGACUUUAUUAAAAGUGAAUGUUUGAAUAAUAUUGGUGACUCCUCUCCUCUCAUUAGAGCCACCGUAGGUAUUUUGAUUACAACCAUAGCCUCCAAAGGAGAACUGCAGAACUGGCCCGACCUUUUACCAAAACUUUGUAGCCUUUUGGAUUCUGAAGAUUACAACACCUGUGAGGGAGCAUUUGGUGCUCUUCAGAAGAUAUGUGAAGAUUCUGCUGAGAUUUUAGAUAGUGAUGCGUUAGAUCGUCCUCUCAACAUCAUGAUUCCCAAAUUUUUACAGUUCUUCAAGCACAGUAGUCCAAAAAUAAGGUCUCAUGCUGUUGCAUGUGUCAAUCAGUUUAUCAUCAGUAGGACUCAAGCUCUGAUGUUACACAUUGAUUCAUUUAUUGAGAAUCUCUUUGCAUUGGCUGGUGAUGAAGAACCAGAGGUACGGAAAAAUGUGUGCCGAGCUCUUGUGAUGUUGCUUGAAGUUAGAAUGGAUCGCCUGCUUCCUCACAUGCAUAAUAUAGUUGAGUACAUGCUGCAGAGGACCCAAGAUCAAGAUGAAAAUGUGGCUUUAGAAGCUUGUGAAUUUUGGCUCACUUUGGCUGAGCAGCCGAUAUGCAAAGAUGUACUCAUAAGGCAUCUUCCUAAGUUGAUUCCUGUGUUAGUGAAUGGAAUGAAGUAUUCAGAUAUAGAUAUUAUCCUCCUUAAGGGUGAUGUUGAAGAAGAUGAAACAAUUCCUGAUAGUGAGCAGGAUAUAAGGCCACGUUUUCAUCGAUCAAGGACAGUAGCGCAGCAGCAUGAUGAAGAUGGAAUUGAAGAGGAAGAUGAUGAUGAUGAUGAAAUUGAUGAUGAUGAUACAAUUUCUGACUGGAAUCUAAGAAAAUGUUCUGCUGCUGCCCUAGAUGUUCUUGCAAAUGUGUAUCGGGAUGAGCUUUUGCCACAUAUUUUGCCCCUUUUGAAAGAGCUACUUUUUCAUCAUGAAUGGGUGGUUAAAGAAUCAGGCAUCUUGGUUUUAGGAGCAAUUGCUGAAGGUUGCAUGCAAGGCAUGAUUCCAUACUUGCCUGAGCUCAUUCCUCACCUCAUUCAGUGCCUCUCUGAUAAAAAGGCUCUUGUGCGUUCUAUAACGUGCUGGACUCUUAGCCGCUAUGCACACUGGGUAGUCAGCCAGCCACCAGACACAUACCUGAAGCCAUUAAUGACAGAAUUGCUAAAGCGUAUCCUGGAUAGCAACAAGAGAGUACAAGAAGCUGCCUGCAGUGCCUUUGCUACCCUAGAAGAGGAGGCUUGUACAGAACUUGUUCCUUACCUUGCUUAUAUACUUGAUACCCUGGUCUUCGCAUUUAGUAAAUACCAGCAUAAGAACCUGCUCAUUCUUUACGAUGCCAUAGGAACAUUAGCAGAUUCAGUAGGACAUCAUUUAAACAAACCAGAAUAUAUUCAGAUGCUAAUGCCUCCACUGAUCCAGAAGUGGAACAUGUUAAAGGACGAAGAUAAAGAUCUCUUCCCUUUACUUGAGUGCCUAUCUUCAGUUGCCACAGCCCUGCAGUCUGGCUUCCUCCCUUAUUGUGAACCUGUAUAUCAGCGUUGUGUAAAUCUAGUACAGAAGACUCUUGCACAAGCCAUGCUGAAUAAUGCUCAACCAGAUCAGUAUGAAGCUCCAGAUAAAGAUUUUAUGAUAGUGGCUCUUGAUUUACUCAGUGGCCUGGCUGAAGGACUUGGAGGCAACAUUGAGCAGCUAGUAGCACGAAGUAACAUUCUAACACUAAUGUACCAAUGCAUGCAGGAUAAAAUGCCAGAAGUUCGACAGAGUUCCUUUGCCCUGUUAGGUGACCUGACGAAAGCUUGCUUUCAGCAUGUUAAGCCUUGUAUAGCUGAUUUCAUGCCAAUAUUGGGAACCAACCUAAAUCCAGAGUUCAUUUCAGUCUGCAACAAUGCCACAUGGGCAAUUGGAGAAAUUUCCGUUCAAAUGGGCAUAGAGAUGCAGCCUUAUAUUCCUAUGGUGUUGCACCAGCUUGUAGAAAUCAUUAACAGACCCAACACACCAAAGACGUUCUUAGAGAAUACAGCAAUAACAAUUGGUCGUCUUGGUUACGUUUGUCCUCAAGAGGUGGCCCCCAUGCUACAGCAGUUUAUAAGACCCUGGUGCACCUCUCUGAGAAACAUAAGGGACAAUGAGGAAAAAGAUUCUGCAUUCCGUGGGAUUUGUACCAUGAUCGGUGUGAAUCCCAGUGGAGUAAUCCAAGAUUUUAUAUUUUUUUGUGAUGCUGUUGCAUCAUGGAUUAACCCAAAAGAUGAUCUCAGAGACAUGUUCUGUAAGAUCCUUCAUGGAUUUAAAAAUCAAGUUGGGGAUGAAAAUUGGAGGCAUUUCUCUGAUCAGUUUCCUCUUCCCUUAAAAGAGCGUCUUGCAGCUUUUUAUGGUGUUUAAACUCAUGCACUUAGGCUGCAGUCCCAUAAUUAGGGGUCCUUCAGUCUUGGAGACUAUGAGGGAGCCUCUGCACCCAGGGAAAAUGUUACCCCUUACAGGGGGGAAGGGUAAACCAGUAGGGAAUACAGUACAAUCCCAACCCUACUGGGAGGGGCGGGAGGGAGGUGUUGCCGUCACUGUAUUAAGUCGAUGUUGGGAAACGUUUUAACAUCUGGAGCCUUUGUGGGUGGAAAUCUGUCUCCAAUUACAACUCCGCACUGGAUGUGAAGAAGCAAAAAAAAAAAAAGUCUAUUCAGUCUAUUCACAAAACAGUACAUUCUGAAAUACGGGGAA